AAAUCUUUUCUCAUUUCGCAUCGCGUUUUCAUUUUGAGCAUCAUCGGAGGAGGAAUUUGAGCGGAGCUUGGAUUUUAUUUUCCCAGUUUAAUGUUCCCCGUUUGAUUGUUCUUGUGUCGUAAGUGGAUGUUCAACGGCAGCAGAAUGCCUCCGGAAACGAUAAACCAGACGAUGGAGCUGACGGACCGCACUUGCCGGCUGUGUUUGGCCAAUGACCAGGAAAUUACCCCAAUGGUGGACGCGCUCAGUCUGGACGAGAUGAAAAAUGUUGUCGAUGGUUUACUCAAGAUUGACCUUAACAAUUGUGGACCAUUUCAGAGUGCGUGCUCGAAUUGCGUGGUGAAAAUUCGACUUAUAGAAAGCAUCCGGACUGAAUUCGAUGGAAGCAACAAAAUAUUCGAUGUUAUGUGGACUCAGUACAAACGAAUUCACUAUCCGGAGCCGAUUCCGACCCCGAAGAAAGGCCGCCCAAAGUUGGAAAAGAAGAGCCCUCCGUCAACGCAGAAGAUAACGGCAGCUUAUAUCAUUGAUGGGAUGGUCAUCGAAAAUACGGAGAUUGAAUACGUACAGGAUGAAGGAGCAGAAUUUUUCAUCAAAAGCGAAAGCCACGAAGGUCUCAUAAAGCAGGAAGGCGAUCAAGAAUCGGAGAGUGAUAUCAUUACUGGAGAUGAUGACCAUCACACGAUGGAUGAAACCGUCGAGGAAGAGUACGUUUAUGAGGAGGUCCCCAUGGAGGACGACAAUCGCAUGCAAGAGGAAUAUCUGACCGAAGAGGUGAAGGAAGAUGACCAGAGGAAGGCCCCAGAAGAACAAAAAGAUGAAGCAAUGAAAGAAGUCCCCACAGAGGAAGACACCGGUUAUUACGACAAGACCAUUCCCUGUUGCUACAUCUGCUUGGACCGUUUCGAUCAUUUUGGUGAAGUUUCAGCUCAUUUGGUGGAUGCUCACGCAGAUAUGCUUCCGUUCCAUUGCGACAAGUGUCUGGGAUACUUCGAUACCUUGGAGGAAGUCAACAAGCACCAUAUAUCACACGUUUACGAGUUUGUCUGUCUCUAUUGUCCACGGCGUUACUGUUCGGAACAGUAUUUGGCCAAUCACAACUUGGAUUGCAAGUCUUUCAAGUGUAAUUUGUGCGACGAGACAUUCGAACUUCAAAGCCACCUAAAAGCUCACCAUCGUCAAAUUCAUCCUGCCGAGGCAAGGCAUAGUGGCCGAAAGAGUAACGUUUGUGGCACCUGUGGUAAAGGUUUCACUCAUGCUUGUAAUCUCAUUCGACAUAUGAAAAUAAAACGCUGCGGUAAAGGAGGAAGCGACGACGAUGAACUUAUCGUCAGGAGGAAGAAAAUUAAGCAAGAUCCUGAUGCACCCAUGCUGGACGAAAUCGACGAAGAACGAGACCUUAAGAUUAAACCUCCGCUUACAUGUCAAGUCUGUAGCAAAAAACUGGACAGUAACAGUAGUCUGGCACGUCAUAUCGAGAAAGAACAUCAAGACUUCAAUAUUCCACUCUUUCCGUGUAACAUUUGUCCGAAGAAAUUUACCACCUUCGAAAAGUGUAUUCGUCAUCGAGCUUUCCACAAGAAAUCAAAAAAACAACCACAAUCACAACCACAGAAAGAUCCGAACGAAAACACUUGCAAAAUUUGCAAUAAACAAUUCCGCCUGGAUCAUAUGUUGCUCAAGCAUCUAUCGGAAAUUCACCAGCUGACACUCGAGCUGUUCCACUGCGAUCAGUGCGGAAAGAAGUUCUCCACGGAGCCAAAACUUCGCAAACAUCAAUACAAUACCCAUCGUGAAAACAAAAAUCUUUACGUCUGCUCACACUGUGGUCAAAAGUUCGAAAAGAAACUCACCCUCAAGGAUCACGAAACGAAGCAUUUGAAUGCCCCUGCCUAUCAGUGUGAGAUUUGCUUGAAAACGUUCAUCCACAAGCAUAGUUUGGAUCGCCACGCGUUGGUCCACUCGGAUGAGAAGAACUUUGAGUGCGAAUUUUGCCACAAAACCUUCAAGAGGAACACUACCCUGGUCAUCCACAGACGGAUCCACACCGGUGAGAAACCGUACGAAUGUGUCCCUUGCGGCCAACGGUUUAUCGAUUCCAGCACUCUGAUCAAGCACAGGCAAAGGAUGCAUCCGAAGGCAGAUUAAUCGAUUGUUACAUUAUAAGUGUAGUGGUAAUUUUAGUGUUUAAAGUAAUCAUACUUUGGCUUACUAAAUCCGAUUAAGAAAAUAAAGCGGUUAUUUUCAAACAG